AUGAAGGUUGGAGCAGCCGCCCUCGCAGCCGGGAUCCUCGGCAGCACAGGCAUCUUGCUCUUUCUCAUUGCUUUUGGGACGGAUUACUGGCUUCUGGCUACAGAGACCUGUGGUGUCUUUGAGCACGGGAACAGCACUCUGCAGAAUGGGGAGGCUGAAAUGCUGACGGAGGUCAGGAAGGAGAUACUCACGUUCCAUCAUGAGGGCUUCUUCUGGCGGUGCUGGUUCUUUGGCGAGGGUCACUCGGAGUCCAUCUGGACCUUCUGGUACACCAGCCAAGCACACCCCAAGUUCUGCACCCAUGGCUACCUCUUCCCCAUGCCCAUUGCUCUCGGACCCUUCCCUCAUCCUUCCUAUGACACAACUGCAGUGUACAGGGGUUUCUGGACAGCUUUCAUCGUGCUGGCUGUGGCCACUGGGCUGGUAGGAGGGCUGCUGCUGGUGUGCGGUGUGCCCUUCGUCAGCCCUCGGUCCUACAAGAUCGGAGGUGGAUUCCUUCUCUUCUCGGGAGGUUUAUUUCUCCUGCUCAUAUUUCUCUUUGUGAUAUGGAAGGAGUUCGUCGCUGAUUUUCAGAAGUACAUCCUUCUGGAGAGAAGUGAGAAGUGCAUGGAUGAUGUCCCCGUGUACGUGUAUUACGGGUGGUCAUUCAUGUUUGCCGCGGCAGGCGCUCCCCUGGUUUUACUUUCAGGACUUGUCUUCUACUUGGUUGGCAGAGACAUUAUGAAGUCAAUGGAGUAA